CAAUCAACUUUUCAAAUGUCCUCUUAUGUAAUCUUCCUACUUAAAUUAAGUGGGUGGUGGUUUUGGUGGUUUUAGACUUUUACACGGAGUACUUUGUUCCUGAAGCCAAAUCCUUCUUAUCGCGACAGUACCUGAACUACCCAGUAGCUUAAAAAAAAAGAAGAGAGAAAAUCCGGUUUAGUGGAAUAGCCAAGAAACCGCACAAAAAAAAAAAAAGAACAUGUCAAAAAUGGCUUCUUCAAGCCUCCCCCCAUUUUUUGAAACGCUCGUCGGCGUAAAAGGCAGAUUUCUCGGUGUUGGAUGCAAAAUGCCCUUUGGCACCGACUGGAAGCAGCCCCGAGCGUAUAGGUCUCGAUGCAAGGUGAACUAUUCUGGAGUCUCUGUCCCGGUCCUCUCUCGGGCAAGGCGAUCGAUCGCAUGUGUCAAGUAGAAAAGCUUUGAGCGUUAGGAGCCCCAGCCAUAAAAGCCAAGCAGGCUGCAAUUUUUCUUGCACUGUUUGUUGGACUGGACAGUUAGUUUUUCCCUUUCUUCUCGUCGUCCGCAAACAAGAGCUACGGUGAACGUUCUUUCUUAAUUUAGCGUCAAUCAGCGCGGUGCCGUUGAAAAGAAUUUGUAGCAAAAUGCGCAACGCAAAGCUCAAAGCCGCCCAUUUCUAUUGCUGUGCAGGUCUAUACUA